GGGGGUGCGGGCGGGCAGGGACCCCGGGCCGUGUCCCCGGCGGCACCAUGUGAGGGGUGCCGGGAUGCCCCCCCCAUGGAGCACCGGCCAUGGCUAACGGGUACCGCACGCUCUCCCAGCACCUCAAUGACCUCAAGAAGGAGAAUUUCAGCCUCAAGCUGCGCAUCUACUUUCUGGAGGAGCGUGUCCAGCAGAAGGGCGAGGGCAGCCGGGAUGAUGUCUACCGGCGGAACAUUGAGCUGAAGGUGGAGGUGGAGAGCCUGAAGCGGGAGCUGCAGGAGAAGCAACAAGCCCUGGACAACACAUGGGUGGCUGCGGAGAACCAGACGACCCGCAGCCAGGCAGCGCUCCGGCAGCAGUAUGAGGAACGGCAGCGGGAGUCGGAGCAUGUCUAUGAGCUCCUGGAGAACAAGAUCCAGCUCCUGCAGGAGGAGGCCAGGCUGGCACGGAGUGAGGCCGAGCAGGCCACGGCUCUGGCCAGAGCUGAGGCGGAGCGGUGCCGGGAGCUGGCAGGGAAGCUGAAGGAAGCUGCGAGGAUGAAGGAAGAGGACAGGAGUGAUGACAACUGCAGUGCUGUGACCCAGAGGAGGAUUGAAGAGCUGACCCAAGAGCUGGCUGCCAGCAAACGGCUUGUGGAGACACUGUCGGCCGAGAAGCGCAACCUGCAGCAGCGCCUGGAGGAGCCCCCAGCCGUGGGGGGGCAGAAUUUGCAGGAUGAACAUCAGCAGCCGGCUCCGGGUGACCCUGCAGUGGGGGAGCACGUGUCUGAUCUGUGUGCUGCAGAGCUGCAGGGCAAAAUCCAGCAGUUUGAAGCUGCCAACAAGUUGUUACAGGAAAAGCUGAAUGAAUUGAAUUUUGAAUUAAAAUCUGUCCAAGAAACAUCGCAGAGGCAAGAUCGUACAAUCCAGAGUCUGAAUGAGGCCCUGAAAAACAAAGAGAGUAAGGCAGAAGAGCUGUACCAUAUCAUCGAAGGGCAGAAUGAAACAAUGGCCAAGCUGCGGGACAUGCUACAGAGAAGCCAUCUGGGACAGUUGCAGAUAUCAGAGAGCCCACUCUCAUCCCAGGAGCAGCAAAUGUCACUGCUAGAUCUUCAGAACACGCUUUUCUGCACCAAGCUGGAGCUGCGGAAGCUGAAAAGAACUCAGCGCCAGAAAGAGCAUCAACUGGCUGAAGCCAGGAGAGCAACCCAGCUCCUAGAGACCAUGGUGCAUGAAGAAGAGCAGCAGAAAGAGGCAACCUGGAAACACAACCAGGAGCUGCGAGCUGUAGUACAGCAGCUGCAGGCAGAGCUGCAGGACAAGGCCCAGCAGCUCCAGACUGUGGAGUGGGAGAAAUGCCGUGAGCUGCAGGCCCAGGAGCAGAGAGUUCAGCAUUUGAGUCAGCAUCUGGCUCGCAAGGAACAGCUUCUGCAGGAAUCGAGGGAGCUUCUGCAAUGCCAGCAAAACUUGGACAAGAGCCCUGCAGCCAUGAAUGUCAUGUUGGAGAAACUGCAGCAGCGAGUCAGCGACAGGGAUGCUGCUCUGGAGCGAGCAGUAGAUGAGAAGUUCUGUGCCCUGGAGAAGAAGGAGCAAGAGCUGCAACAGCUCCGUCUGUCAAUAAGGGAGCGUGGAAGUGACCUGGAGAGGUUGCGCAAUGUCCUAUCCAGCAACGAGGCUACCAUUCAUAGCCUGGAGAGCCUCCUGAAAGCCAAAACCCUGGAACUAGAGCAGGUGUCAGCAACCUGCCAAAACCUCCGCUGGCUCAAGGAGGAGAUCGAGGCCAAAUCCUGCAGCAGGCAGAAGGAGCAGGAGGGGAUCAUCCAGCAGCUGCAGACCUGCCUGCAUGACAGGAACAAGGAAGUGGAGGAGCUUACAGCAACUCUGCUGUGCAAGCUGGGCCCAGGACAGAGUGAGGUAGCAGAGGAGCUGUGCCUGCGUCUCCAGCACAAGGAGAAAAUGCUGCAGGAUCUCCUCAGUGACAGGAACCAUCAGACCAUGGAGCAUGAUGCUGAAAUCCGGGAGCUGCUGCUGGCCGUGAGCACCAAGGAGCAGCAGAGCAGAAUGGCUGCUGAGAAGAUGGCGCACGCUUUGGCUGAAAGGAGCUGCGAGUUACAACUCCUACGCCAGCAUGUGUUGGGGAAGGAGCCUGUCGCGACCCAGUUAGCUGGUGCUAGGCUGUUGAAGCAGGACACACAGCCUAUACAAGAAAUACUGCAAAGAGCUUGUGGGGCUACAGCCAUUGCCGGACCCCAGCAAGGGGACAACAGCUGCAGGACAGAGGGAGUUACGGCAUCAGCAGCAGAACUGGAGAAGGAUCUUGUUAAUGCCAAAGAGGAGCUGGAGCUAAUGACAAAGAAGGAAAGGGAAAGCAGGCGGGAGCUGACUGCUCUCCAGUCUGUCGUGGCCACGCAGGAGGAAGAGCUGCAGGUGCAGGCCUCAGAUAUAGAGUCCUUGACCAGGACCAUCCAGAUCAAAGAGGACCUCAUCAAGGAUCUGCAGAUGCAGCUGGUGGAUCCUGAAGAAAUUCCAGCUGUAGAAAGGCUGACACAAGAAGUGCUGGUGCUUCGGGAGAAAGUGGCCACAGCAGAGUCACGAGGACAAGAGGCUACUGGAAACAGAAGGCAGCAGUUGUUACUGAUGCUGGAAGGGCUGGUGGCUGAAAGGAAUCGGUUAAAUGAGGCUCUCCAGGCAGAGAGGCAGCUCUAUGGCAGCCUGGUAAAGUUUCACACACACCCAGACAGCGCUGCGAGAGACCACACUCUGCAGGUGGAGCUGGAGGGGGUCCAGGAGCUUCGGGGACAGCUGGAAGAAGCUCUUGGAAGAAGCUUGGAGCGUUUGAGCAGGCUGGAGACGCAGGGCGCCAUAGGAGGUCAGGCCACAGGCAUAGAUGCUGAUGAUGCCAGCACCAACCUCACUGACAGCAUCAAGGAGGAGGCAGCCCACGGCGUGGCAACCCAGCACAGCAGCCCCCGGGCCCCUAAGGAAAGUGGGGACACUGAGAGGGCUCUGAUGGGGAGCACGGCACCUGCCAUGCCGGAGCGGGAGCUGCGGGCAGAAGAGGAGCUGCGGGAGCUGAAGGCACAGCUGGAGGAAGCCGGCUUCUCUUCUGUCUCCCACAUCAGAAAGGCGAUGCUGAGCCUGUGCCUGGAGAAUGCAGAGCUGAAAGAGCAGAUGGGUGAAGCCACGUCGCUGCUGGAGAGUGGGGAGCAGGAGGAGGCUGGGCCAGGCACCCCCCUGGCCCCCGAGCCCCGCAGGCUGCAGCGGAAGAGCCGCAGCACCCUUGGGGACCACCCGGCUGGUGGCAGCAGUGAUGGCCAGGGGGUCCCGGCAGAGAGGGGAACUGUGCCCGCCAAACGCCCAGCACUGGAGGCACGAUCCCAGGAUGAUGUACCCAAGAGACCCUGCCCUGGCACCCCGGGUGGAGGGGACAGGAGCCAUGCAGAGGGCACAGCCCCCAGCGGGGGCUGGCCAGGGCUGGGUGCGGAGCUGUGCUCCCAGGUGGCACAGGGCCAAAGGCAGUGCCAGGAGCUGCAGGACAAGCUCGCCGCCUCGGAGGCCACGGUGCGGGCACAAGCCAAGCAGCUGGAGAAGUACCAUGUCCUGCUCCCAGGUGAACCCCACGCCCAGCAGCUCAGCAAGCAAGUGCAGGUGGACUUCCAGGACCUGGGCUAUGAGACGUGUGGGCGAAGCGAGACCGAGGCUGACCGGGAUGAGACCACCAGCCCUGAGUGCGAGGAGCCAGAUGUAUUCAGCGAGCCCAGCCUGGGCGAGGAGCUGGGGUCCCCGUGCUGGCCAGGGAUGCCCAGGGUGGGCAAGGCUAGCCGGAAAGCCAUGGCACCGGCAGAUGUGGGGGCCCUGCGCCAGCACAUCCAGGACCUCAAGGCGCAGCUGCUCAAUGCCAACAAGGUGAUCCAGAGCCUGCAGCGCCGUGCCCGCUCCGUCUCCGUCACCAGUGGCUACACCUCGGGCGCUGAGCGGCCCCUACUGGGUCCCACGGCCCUGGCCUCCCCGGCCCACAGCCUCACCGACGAAGAUGAGGGCUGGCAGUCGGAUGGCCACGGCACCCUCUGCCCGCCUGCCCUGCGGGCGCACCGCGACCUACAGCGCCUGGUGCACCGCGUCGCCCUCCUUGAAGCGCAGCUGCCUGCAACCAAGCCUGGAGGGGUUUUGCCCAAGGAGCUGCAAUCUGCCACCUGGCCAGGGAAGUACGACUCGCUGAUCCAAGCGCAGGCUCGGGAGCUCUCCCACCUGCGGCAGACACUGCGGGAAGGCCGCGGGGUGAGCUGCAGCCUGGCCCAGCACCUGCGCGAUGCCCUGCGGUCCUUUGAGGAGCUCCUCCGCGGCACCGACAUCGACUACUACCUGGGCCAGGGCUUUCGGGAGCAGCUGGCCCAGGGCAGGCAGCUGGCCGAGAGGCUCAGUGACAAGCUGGGCACCAGAGAUCGACAAGAUGGGGAGGAUAAAACCAGCCACGAACUCCUGGCACUGAGGCUCAGCCGGGAGCUCCAGGAGAAGGAGAAGGUGAUCGAGAGCCUGGAGGCAAAGCUGCAGGAGCGCUGUGAGUCCCCAGGCAGCAGCCGCCCGCCCUCUGAGUCGUCCCGCUCUGCCACCAGUGCCUCCUUCGUGUCCGAGGGGCUGGAGCCCUGCUCUGAUGGGGAUGUGGCCAGCGAGUGCAGCCAGUGCCGCGAGGAGCCCGCCCGACUCGCAGGCCUUCACUUAAACUCCUUGUCCAAACCCGUUAGUGCCCCCCUGCCUGCGCUGGCCCCCGGGCUGCCCCCCUUCCUGCCUGCUGGGCCACCCCCUCCUGCGCCGCCCCCGCUCAUGGGCUGCUGCGGGACCUCCGUCUGCUCCCUGGCUGAGGCACAGCAGGAACUGCAGGUGCUCCGGAGGCAGCUGGGAGAAAGUGAGCGUGUGCCUCCAGCAUGGGGUGUGACGCUCCCCGUGGCACCAGCAAAGCCCACAGCCCCACUGGGCCCCUUCGGAGAGGGCAGCAAAGCUCCAGCAUCGCUCUGCCGACACGGCACACUGCAGAGCCUGGCUGAGAUCCCCGGGGCCACCAAGACCCGUGCCCUCUGGGACAUACCCCCUCCCGGCCAGCCGCUUUACGGGGCCCUGCCAUUGGGGUAUCCCUCCAGCCAGAAGCUAACAGGGGCAGACCUGCUGGAGGAGCACUUGGUGGAGAUCCGCAGCCUGCGCCAGCGCCUCGAGGAGUCUAUCUGCACCAACGACCGGCUCCGGGAGCAGCUCGAACACCGCCUGGCCUCCACCAGCAAGGCCAGCGGAUUGCCCAGCGAUGUCUAUGCCCAGGGGCCGGAGCCAGGGCUGCAGCUGAGUGGGGAGAACCAGGCUCUGCGUGAGGACAACCGGACCCUGCGGCUCCAGCGUGACCACCUCUCCCAAGAGCUGGCGCGAGUGCAGGAGGCGCUCCUGGCUGCCUGCUCCCGGGCACGGGAGGCUGAAGCAGAGCUGGGCCAGAGGCGCGGGGAGCAGCGGAGGCUGACAGAGGAGCUUGCCGAGCGCCAAGAGAGUGUCCGGCAGCUCCGAGACGAGCGGCGCUCUCUGCAGGAAGACAACAACAGGCUGCAGCACAUGGUGACGCUCCUGCAGCAGCAGUGUGAGGAGCAACGCCUGCUCCUGCAGACCCUGCGUGCGGAGCUGCAUGUCUAUGAGAGCCUCCCUGGCUCCUCCGCCGAGACCCAUGCAGGCUGCUUCCCAUCUCCUCCAGUGCGGGAUGUUGGCACGAGCUCAGCAGCUCCCCUCUUCUCCCCGCAGCCCUCUGACACGUUGGUGGCCCGGCGGAUGGACGAGCCACGUGGGGCAGACCCACCGGUGAGGAAGAGCGAGGGACCGACAGGGGUUCAUGUUGUCGGCCACCUGGACACCUACCGGGCCCUGGAGCAGCACAUCCUGGAGGGGAAGGCGCUGGCCCGCGAGCUGAUGUGUCUCAUGCACCCAGCGCUCGGGCUGCCCAACUGCCCGCUCCCGGGAAAGGAGGACCUGGGGUGGGCAGGCACAGGGCACCUCUGGGGCAGCACCAGCACCCUGCACCGCAUCCUGGAGGAGUGCGUGUCUCUCCUCGCUGCCUUCUGGAGCACCGUGCUGCCCGUCGGCCCUGCCCAGCAUCAGGGCAAGGAGCAGGCACUACAGGGUGAGAUUGCGGCGCUGCGGGCCCAGCUCUCCGAGAGGGAGGAUGCUCUGCAGAGCACAGCCAAGCGGCUGCGCAGCACAGCCCAGCUCAAGGACAGCAUGGAGCAGUUCAUUGUGAGCCAGCUGACCAGGACCCACAACGUGCUGCGCAAAGCCAGGACAAACCUGGAGGUGAAGGCCCAGCAGGCCCUGUCUGUCGCGUGAGCCCCAGGCAGGGCAGGGAGUGAUGCCCCCGGCCACUGAACAGCCUGCUGGCUGCCGAGCCAUGCCAUGCCGGAGGGCUGGAGUGGACCCUGUCCCUGCUACUCCAAGGGCUGGGGUGGACAGGGGUCUGGGGUGCCCGGUGCUACACAGUUAGUGGUUUUGGGCUGCUUUGGUUGUCACAUGCCCUCCACCUGCCUUUGCCUGGCAUCGCAGCAGCAGCUGUUGGCUUGGGCUUUGCCAUGCUUCAGUGCUCAGCCCUUUCCACCCACGGUGCUUAGAGUGGGGCGUCACAGCCCUCCACGCUGUGCACCUCUCGCCCUGGGACUUGGUCCCAUUUGUAACCCUGCUACGUACCCAUCCCUGCUUGUAGAUGUAUGUAUAUGUAUAUAGAUAGAGGUAUCGGAGCUGCGUUUUGGGGGCUCCCCGGGCAUGUCGGGGCCCCAGCGCGGGAGGAAGAUGUAAGAAAUGCCAUGUUCUGUUCAGUGGUUGGAGAGUCCCCAAUAAAGGUUUCCUUUGGGUU